CUGGCGGAGACGCGCGGCCGCGUCCCCGUGGCCGUGAAUGAGCGCGGGGGGCGGAGAGCGGAGAACGGGGAACGGGGAGCGGGCGGGCCGCGAUGUGCAGCGAUGUGCCGCUCCGCCGAGCCCCACAAAAGUGAGGGGCUGCCGCGGGUCGGGCCCAGCACUGCGCCGGCCGGGCCGGAGGGGGCGCGGAGCCGAGCCGGGCGGAGCCGAGCCGGGCAGAAGCGCCUUGGGCAGGAGGCGCUGCGGGGGGCGCUGCGCUGCGCUGCGCUGCCGUUGUGAUUUCCAAUUUUUAAUCGCAGCUGCAUUGCCCUCCCCCGCCCCCCCCCGCGCCGAGGAGGAGCCCCGGCUUUAUGUGCUGCUGCCCGGGGAGCGCUCGGCGGCCCUGAAGUGCUUUUUGUAUGUGUGUGUGUUAGUGUGUGUGUGUGAGUGAGUGUGAGUGUGUGUGAGUCGCCGUCGCCUCCUUUUUAUUUUUUAUUUUUUCCUUUUUUUUUUUUUUUUUUUUAAAUGUAUAACUUAAUGGGUCUGAACAGCACGGCCGUCGCUAUUCAGCCCAAUGUGUCCUGCACAUGCAACUGCAAAAGGUCUUUGUUCCAGAGCAUGGAGAUCACGGAGUUGGAGUUUGUACAGAUAAUCAUCAUCGUGGUGGUGAUGAUGGUGAUGGUGGUGGUGAUCACCUGCCUGCUGAACCACUACAAACUCUCUGCGCGAUCCUUCAUCAGCCGGCACAGCCAAGGGAGGCGGAGAGAUGAGAAUCUGUCAUCAGAGGGCAGCCUGUGGCCGUCGGAAAGCACUGUGUCAGGGAGCGGGAUGGCCGAGCAGCAGAUCUACACCCCGCGGCCCAGCGAGCGCCUGGCGGUGCCGUCCUUCCUGCAGCGGGACCGCUUCAACAGGUUCCAGCCCACCUACCCCUACCUGCAGCACGAGAUCGACCUGCCCCCCACCAUCUCGCUGUCGGACGGCGAGGAGCCCCCCCCGUACCAGGGACCCUGCACGCUGCAGCUGCGCGACCCCGAGCAGCAAAUGGAGCUCAACAGGGAGUCGGUGCGCGCACCCCCCAACAGAACCAUCUUCGACAGUGACUUAAUAGAUAACUCGGUGUAUGGGGGGCCGUGCCCCCCCAGCAGUAACUCUGGCAUCAGCGCGACCUGCUAUGGGAGCAAUGGCAGGAUGGAGGGACCGCCCCCCACAUACAGUGAGGUGAUCGGGCACUACCCCGGAGCCACGUUCUAUCAGCACCAGCAGAACAACAGCGGGGUGCCCGCACUGCUGGAGGGCAGCAGACUCCAUCCCUCACAAAUCAAUGGCCUUGAGAGCACAACGGCGUGGAACAAAGAGAAGGAGAAACAGAAAGGGCACCCGUUUUAAAAAUAUAAAGGGGGAGUGGGGGGGAAAGAAAAAAGGAGAAAAAACAAAGCCAAGGGAGUGGAACAGUCUGCACUUGUGGUGAAAAGGAAGAAGGAGAGGGACUGGGAGCUGAACAAGAUGAGCAAAGGAAAGAAAAACUAACGCCCUUCCCCAUCUCUCCAUGUAUAAAUAUUUACCUGUGAUGUCUGGUCUGAAUGCACAAGCCCACAAAGCUUGCAGAAGCGUUUCUUCGUUGAGCUGUCUUUGGCGUUUAAAGAGGAAAAAGAAAACAAGGGUAGCCCUUUUUUUUUCUGUUGUUGUUGUUGUUGUCGUUUGGUUUCUGUUGUAGUUGAGCUGUGUGUGAAUGCUGGUCUGGUUUCGUUUGAUUCCUUCACUUAACUUUAAAGACAAAAUAUUUGCACAGAAAAACAAAAAAAAGAAACAAAAAGAAAAAAAAAAACAAAAACCACAAAAACGUUUUGUUUAAAGAUCUGCAAUAUAAAUAUAUAAAUAUAUAUUAAGAAGAAGAGAAGAGCGGUAUGUGGACGGAGCUGGAGUAUUUUUGUAUUAGAAGAGGCCUAUUCAAAAAAAAAAAAAAAAACACACAAAAAAACCCAUACAAAAAAAAAAUAGUUGUUUUCUGAACUAGAAGAGAAAUGGCCGUUUUUUGGGUGCCGACUCAAAGCGCGUGGAUGGCGACGUG